AACUGCAUUGCUUAUCGCAUUCCUAAGUUCACUCCCUCGCGCACAAAACUAAAGCCGCACUUGCGCUCGACACGGUUUCCCAAACGCCAAACUUCCCCACGGAAAUGUCGGACUCAACGCAUGAGUACAGAGCCUUUAUAGUCUCUGUUUCGAAGCUGCUGAAGGCGGAAGAAGUCUUCGAACUGGCGACCAUCUGGCUGGGAGGCAAAACCGACGUCAGCGACUACGAGCCUGCCGAAGAAAAAAAGUCGCUUGGAUUGAAGCUUUUUAUUGCGAUGGACUGCUCAGGAAUCCUUUCUUGGACCGAUCUCGGAGGUCUCCUGAAGAUCUUGAAAAGCGUCAAUCGGUAUGAUUUGGUCGAUAUGGUGGACUCGUUCAUCAAUGACAAAGGGAAAAGUUGCUCCAAGAGGUACACCAAAAAGAAAAGGGCGAAGAGUAACCAAGAAGAGGAGGAGCGCAAACAGUUGCAGCUCAUUUACGAGAAUCUAGUCAUGCGUAGCUUGGACAUGGAGCGACACAUUAUUGGGCUGCGGACGAUCCUGCGGAAGGAGGACCCCGUGCUGGAUGAUGGAGUCCGCGUCGUUCAGGGGGCUGAGUCUGUUGCGCAAAGCCUCGCCGCUGAGCUAGAGAGAGAUCUGAACAUGUUGGUUCGCCGCUCACGUGCCGACAGUUCUACUAGCUCCAGUAGCGACGAGAGCAACGGCAGCAGUCGACGGAAUAGCCGUAUCCUCGUGCCCGUGUCUGAAUCCAUCUACGGGAAUUUGCAACCAGACAUCGGACAAGUUGUGACCAAUACCGCUCAAGCUCAACCCACACCACUCAACUACCUAGUGUACAAAAUCGAGACAGACCAAUCCCGAAACCUGGCUCUCUCAAAACUCAACCUUGUCACCCAAUCUCAGUACAAGAAACACAAUCUGCGUCAGAACUUACACCAGGCACUGCGUCAUCCGUCCCAAAGAAUCUUGCACUAUCAAGGAGCAAAUAUGUGCCCUCAACACUGACAAUUGGGAUCAAACCUCAAACAGAGGCAGCCAUGGAAGAGGAUGAUUGUACUGGAGACAGUGGAGUGGGUACUGGGUCUGGUAGUGCCAAAUAUGGUGAUGUUGAAGAUUGGAAACGUGGAAUUACGAACCUCCACCCGUGCCUGAAAAACCAGCAUCAAAAAGUCGUGGAAGGGCUACUACAGAUGUUGAAGGUUUGCUAGAAUAACAUUGGUGUUUUGGUGCUGUAUUGUCAGCAGACAUUUCUGCAGAUGCUACAGAAAAGGAGAAUUUGUAUACAGGACUGAGAGAAGGAACGAAAGAGAGAGGUAUGGCCUUCAUGGCAUGGCUACAGCUCUGUCUUUCAUUGACAUCCACAACUUUUUUUGCAGCUCAUUCUUAUCAAGGACUGAAGCGUGGCUUUCCGUUCUCCUAAUCUGUUUUUGUUUCUCUGUGUUUUUGUCUGUUAAUCAAUAAUUCAUUUUGUAUGUGCAUAUUGUUGUUUUUUUUGUUUUCGAUUAUAGUCACACCAGGAUUUAGCGCCCCAAACUGUAGCUCGUCAGCACCAGAACAUACACUUGCGCAUGCGCUAUAUGCGCGCGCGUGAGUUUUCGCGAAAGCGUGGGUCAGGUAUACUGCAGAGCUGAGGGAGAAACCCAGG